AUGUUGCAACAGCCCCAUGAUGCAAUCACUCUGGGACAAAACAAACGUGAUAAUCUCCAUGUCACCUUCGCUAUCACCAACGAAAUUGCCUCGGUGAAGAAGGAAGUUGCACAGUGCCAAGUGGAUAGUCUGAUCCCAUUGCUUUAUGUUGUCCACGACCGUGACGCAGAGGUAGCCGAGGAUGCCGCAAUUGAAAUGCUGAGGGACGCCAUCACGCGCUUCAAUAUCGUUGCAAGUGCUCUGCUUGAAGACAACGCUGGUGAAAAAGUGGUAAAGGCCGACCUAGUCAGGUUCAUUGACAGCUGCCGCUACGCGUGCACUGGGAAUCUCAAUUGGAGGUGGGUGAUUGCAACAUUCGCUCUUGAGCGCUGA